AUGGCUCUCUUCAACCAAAGUUCAUACCUUCUCCCAGCACAAAAUUUCAAGGCUUUUCUCAUCAAAACUGGCUUCUUCUUCUUGCUACUUAUAACAAAAGGCAACUCAGUUGUCUUCAACUUCAGCUCUUUUCAGCCAAACAUGCCUCAAAUAUCAUUCCAAGGUGAAGCAUUCGCAAAUGGUGUUUUACAGCUCACAAGGAACGAUGCUAUUGCUUCUCUUAAUAGCAGUGUUGGCCGAGCCUCAUAUGGCCAGCCAGUCCAGCUUUGGGAUGCCAAAACUGGAAGGCUCACAGACUUCACCACCCAUUUCUCCUUCACAAUCCAAGCACUCAAUGAAUCAUUGUAUGGAGAUGGCAUGUCCUUCUUCAUAGCACCUUUCGAUUCUGAAAUCCCCAACAACUCGUCUGGUGGACGCCUCGCGCUUUUCAGUCCUCAAACAGCUUUCAACAAGUCUGCCAACAGUAUUGUUGCGGUUGAGUUUGAUAGUUUUCGAGAUGAAUGGGAUCCCAGCUCUGAUCAUGUUGGAAUUAAUGUCAAUUCCAUUGUUUCAGAUGCAAAUGUCACAUGGAGUAGCAGUAUCAAAGAUGGAAGACGAGCAAAUGCUUGGCCACUGGGCAAUGGGUUGAAUUACAUAAUGUUCACUCUUGGUCUUUUAACUCUACUUUGGAGGCUACAGAUGAGAAAGAAGGAAACAGAGCUGGACUUAUAAUUGGUUUAGUGGUAGGUUUCUCUGUAUUGGGUUGUG